AUGUCCAGAAGUCAACCUCUCUUCAGUGGAGGCAUGUUCCAGGUCCUCGGCUCCGAUGCCGACCAUCAUGAAGAAGAAGAAGAAGAAGAGCCCGAGCUCAUUGAGACGUCGCCAAAAGACUCUCAACAGACAACUACCUCAGCAACCCUGUCCAAGUCCGCUCGAAAGCGUCUGGCCAGGCUUGCUGCAAAGACUCCCGGCCGUACCCCGAGCAACAGUCAGAAAGGCGACGACUCGGUGACCACUUCCGACGAGAGCGAUCCUUCUUCACCCAAUGAGAAGGCUGGCUUUUUGGAAGCUCCUCAGCCUGUUGCCAAGCUGGCUCGGGAUGCCUCGGCAGUCGAGCCUGUUCAGAGUGGUUCCAUCGAGGCUCCCUAUAAGGGGUCGGCUGCCGAUACCCUCGGUGAAGCUUCCACGAAGCUCGAAGGUAACCGCAAGGCUACCAGCUCCAGUGGAAGGUCUACCAAGAGCGACGAAAAGGAGUCUGGAUUGGCUGCUUCGCCGGUUGCUCCUGCUCCCGUGCCCAUGGCAUCUAGCCCUCCUUCGUCUGAGUUCUCUCCCUCGCUUCCUGAAUCAUUACCUCAGCCCACCGGGCAAGCCCUUCCUGCGAACCGUAAGAGGAAAACCCCCCAGGAUUUCACGCCUGCGGGCCCUGGCAAUCUCAUGAGCCCCGCGAGUUCCAACAAAAUUGCUGUCAAGUUCGAGGAUGGACUUUCGCCCGGUGAGGGCAAAGAAGGAGAGAAAAUCAUUGCACCCAAGAAGGACAGGAAUGCCAUGGAGAGGACUGUGUGGACUUUUAUCAUGGUUGGCGGAUUCAUCACUCUUCUUUGUCUUGGUCAUCCAUACAUGAUCCUUUUGGUCAUGCUUUGCCAGGCUCUUGUUUACAAAGAGAUCACUGCUCUCUUUGACUUGCGCGAUCAUGGAGGUGAUGUGACUACGAGUGAGAAAGAUGAGAGCUGGAGCAAGACCCUCAACUGGUACUUCUUCGUGGUCACAAACUAUUUCCUCUACGGCGAAUCGAUCAUCUAUUACUUCAAGCACAUUGUGUUUGUCGAUGCUUACUUUAUUCCAUUCGCUCGAAACCACAGAUUCAUCAGCUUCAUGCUCUAUGUUGUUGCAGGAUUCGUUGGAUUCGUCGGCAACCUUCAGAAGCAACACUUGCGCCAACAGUUUGCGUUGUUCUGCUGGGUCCAUAUGACACUUCUCUUGAUCGUAGUCUCCAGCCAUUUCAUUGUCAACAACAUUCUGGAAGGGCUUAUUUGGUUUUUUGUUCCGGCUUCAUUGGUCAUCUGCAAUGAUAUCAUGGCCUAUGUAUGUGGCAAAAUGUUUGGCAAAACUCCUCUCAUCAAAUUGAGUCCCAAGAAGACUGUGGAAGGAUUCGUGGGAGCCUUCAUUUGUACACUGUUAUUUGGAUUCUUCUGGGGAACGUUCUGGAUGAAGUUCCCGUACAUGAUUUGCCCUGCGCGAGACCUGGGAACAAAUGUUUUCUCCCAGUUAUCCUGCAGGCCCAACCCUGUUUUUGUCUGGCGGCAAUUCGAGUUCACUGGUGCUGCGGGUAAAGUUCUGGAGACCAUCCUUGGCCACCCUGCGCCUUCUUUUCCCUAUGCCCCUUUCCAGAUUCAUGCUCUCGUGAUGGCCACUUUCGCCUCCCUCGUCGCUCCUUUUGGAGGCUUCUUCGCGUCAGGCUUCAAGAGAGCCUUUAAUAUCAAGGACUUUGGCCACUCUAUCCCCGGACACGGCGGUAUGACUGACAGAAUGGACUGCCAAUUCAUGAUGGGACUCUUCUCCUACGUCUACUAUAGCUCCCUCAUCCGAAUCCAAUAUGUCACCCCAGGGUCCAUCAUGCAGACGGUGGUGACGUCGCUGUCUCCCAAUGAGCAGGUGGAACUCCUUGCAGACUUGGGUAAAUUCCUCAAGGGGCAAGGCCUUCUCUAA